UGGUCCUUACUUUUGAGGAACGAGAAGGCUCUGACUACAUUGGACGAACACAAGUACCAAAAAACUUGACUGGCCCAUGAAAGCACUCUCAAUGUGAGAUGUGAGCCCAUUCACAUCACAUCACCAUCACAGUCUGCAUCUCUACCACACUCCUGAAGAGGACGAUCUCUCUGUACGAGCCCAGCCAACACAGACGCCAGAAUGGAACCUGGAAGCCAAAAGUCGAAGUCAAACUUAGCAAACGACUACUCUCCUCCUUGGGACCGAACGCUCGACAUUGUCGUCCACAAAUCUACACUGCGAGAUAUCGACCAAGCAUCCAGCACGGCAUCGGCAACAGCGUCAGCCCUUUCCUCGGAGCACAGAGCAUCUAGCUAUGCCCACCUUCCAGAGCACGUCAGGCGCAAGAUCUGCCGCUACCUUGUUCCAAAGCGUGACAAGCCCCUGACAUUGUCCCAAAGGGCCUUCACCAAGCACGCAUGGCAUAGCAACAGUUUCACUCCGUUUGCGGUUAUUCUUCGUUCUCUCGAGUCUCCAUUAUUGACCAGUAAGCUGCUUCGAGACGAUAUUUUGCACGUCCUCUUCGCGGACAAUACUGUUCACGUCACGCUCUCGCCUUACACCGGCCCGCGGAUCAGCCCCCUCACUCAGUAUUUCUUCAGUACACACGUGCAUCGGAUGCAGAAUUUGAUCCUUGAAGUUGACCUGAGCAAGCUUGGCUUCGGACCAGAGGGUGCAGACCUUCGGCCUGGACUAGGUCAGCUUGGUCGCCUCCUCCACACCAUUGGCAAAGCGAACAUUGAGAGAACUACUCCUCUGAAAAACCUCACACUCCUCGCUCGCCGAUAUCACGGUGUUCGACCUGAUCGUGUUGAGUUGAGUGAGGUUUCUUCUUUCGGGAGUGAAUCGACGAAUGCAACAUCAUUCACGUCAACGUCGUCCUUGUCGUUGGCGCCAUCAGCCAAGGAGAAACAGUACUACUGUCCAGAUGUGCAUCUUCACAUCUUUGAUUCGCUUCUGUAUUUGAAAGGCAACGUUGAAAAUUUGAGAAUGUGUGGCUUUAGCGAUAUGUAUGCGCGCAUGUUCAUCAAGGCUAUCUUCCCCCAGACAGAAGGGCGGGUUGUGUACCGACUCAGAGGGGCAAGUCCCUGGGGAAGGCUGUCUGGUCAAACAUCGAUGAUCGACGAUGGGAAAGGCGGUCUUGUGCUGGAUGACCACGAAAUGGACCCUGUGAUGCACGCGGACUGGCAGGGCACAGGUAUGCCGCCUCGACCCACGGUGCAAGCUGGCGGUUCUUUUGCGCUACCUGUUCGCGGCAUCGUGUAUCAAGCCAAAAGUUCGGCGGACAGUAGUAUCAACAAGGUCGAAAGAAUCAGGCUGGUCAAGAAAUUGGCCAACAAACUCGGUGGCAGGCCCCGGGUUCUAUCUCGGAAGUUCGCGACAACGUCGUAAGGUUGUUUCCAAUAUCGGGAACAGCGUAUCAGAGCAUUUGAAGCACA